AUGCCCUCUCUCAACGCCGAGGGCGACGACUCGAAACCCGAAAUGACUGCCAACCCCCCAACCCAAUGUCCCUCAGCUGCGCUCAGGCUCGCUGGUGAUUGCCCCCAUUGUCAACGGGUUUUCUGCUCUGGCCAUCGGACGCCUGAAGCCCAUAACUGUACCGGCAUGCAAGCAUGCAGGGACGCGGCUUUCCAAGCGAAUAAGGAUAGGCUCGAGAAGGAAAGAACUGUCAACAACAAGAUUGCCCAGACAUGA